GGCGGUGCUUAGCGCUUUCCGGCACUGUCGUGGCGCCUUGUAGCUGUCAUGGCGGCGGAGACGUGGAACACUGACACCGGGGAAGCAGUUUAUCGCUCCCGUGAUCCUGUGCGCAACCUGCGCCUCCGAGUUCACUUACAAAGAAUCACAUCAAGCAAUUUCCUCCAUUGCCAGCCUGCUGCCCAGUUGCGGAAGGACCUUAUAGACUUGGCUACCUUUAGACCCCAGCCAUCUGCCAGUGGACAUCGCCCAGAUGAAGAUGAGGAGGAGGAGGUCAUGAUUGGGUGGCAGGAGAAACUCUUUAGCCAGUUUGAAGUCGAUCUAUACCAAAAUGAAGUAGCUUGUCAAAGUCCUUUGGAUCAUCAAUACCGUCAGGAAAUCUUGAAGCUGGAGGAUUCAGGUGGCAGGAAGAACCAACGAAUCUUUACUUAUACUGACUCUGACAGAUACACCAAUUUGGAGGAGCACUGCCAGAAAAUGACCACUGCAGCCAGCGAGGUGCCAUCUUUCUUGGUGGAGCGAAUGGCGAACGUCAGGCGGCGGCGGCAAGACAGGCGUGGGAUGGACGGUGGUGUCCUCAAGUCACGAAUUGUCACCUGGGAACCCUCAGAAGAGUUUGUCAGGAACAACCAUGUCAUCAACACCCCUCUUCAGACAAUGUACAUCAUGGCAGACCUGGGACCCUAUGGAAAGCUUGGGUAUAAGAAGUAUGAACAUGUCCUCUGUACUCUGAAGGUGGACAGCAAUGGUGUGAUCACAGUAAAACCCGACUUCACUGGCCUCAAAGGGCCCUACAGAAUUGAGACUGAGGGGGAAAAGCCAGAACUGUGGAAGUAUACGAUUGACAAUGUGUCCUCCCUUGCACAUCGGGAGGAGGAGGAGCGGGAACAGCGUGUGUUCAAGGACCUCUAUGGUCGACACAAAGAGUAUCUCAACAGCCUUGUGGGCACUGACUUUGAAAUGACCAUCCCAGGUACCCUCCGGCUCUUUGUAAAUGGAGAGGUGGUUUCAGCUCAAGGCUACGAGUAUGACAAUCUCUACGUCCACUUCUUUGUAGAAUUGCCAACUACUAAUUGGUCAAGCCCAGAUAUCCAGCAGCUCUCAGGAGUAACACAGACCUGUGCCACCAAGUCCCUGGGAAUGGACAAGGUAGCUUACUUCUCCUAUCCGUUUACAUUUGAGGCUUCCUUCCUCCACGAGGAUGAGUCAGAUGAUGCCCUCCCAGAGUGGCCUGUGCUCUACUGUGAGGUCCUGUCACUGGACUUCUGGCAGAGGUACCGUGUGGAAGGCUACGGAGCUGUAGUGCUGCCCGCCACCUCAGGCUCCCAUACCCUGACAGUCUCCACAUGGAGGCCGAUGGAGCUUGGCACCGUGGCUGAGCUGAGGAGGUUUUUCAUUGGUGGGUCUCUGGAACUGGAGGACCUCUCCUAUGUGUGGAUACCCGGAACCUUCAAGGGAGAGCGGCUGAGUCGAUUUGGACUCCGCACAGAGACCACAGGUAGUGUCACCUUCCGCUUGCACUGCCUGCAGCAGUCCAGGGCCUUCAUGGAGUCCAGCUCCCUUCGGAAAAGGAUGCAGAGUGUGUUGGACCGUCUGGAAGGAUUUAGCCAGCAGAGUUCCAUUCACAAUGUGCUAGAGGCCUUCCACCGAGCCCGGCGCCGCAUGCAGGAGGCCCGGGAGAGCCUCCCCCAAGACCUCGUGAGUCCUCCAGCCACCAUGGUCUCCUAGCUUCCCGCAGCCAUGGCCCUCCAUGCAAGAGGACAAGACAAGAUGGCUGGUGCUGGCCCACCUCAUCUUUCUAAAUAGAGACCACGCUGACCUGCUGAGAAGCAGAGGGGCUGAGAAAACCCUAGGCCACUCCUCUCCCUUGUAUUCAGCAGGGUAUUCUCCCCACUCUGGACAGCCUGUGGCCCCCAUGUGUUUGCCCCCUUCAGCUUUAGCUACUGCAAGUGGGCUUCCCAAUGAGGCCAAUCAUCUGGCUUGAGCCCUCCACAUAGGCUCUUGACUAGUUAAUCUGUCUCAGUCUCGGUAGCCGUGGGCUGUGGGUAGCUCCUGCUUCACAAAGUCCUUUACAAAUGGAGGCUCAAGAAAGAAGACCAGAGGGAUCUUAAUUUCUGGCCCGAAAGGCUUUCCAGAGUAGCUGCACUCUUCUGCUUAGGACUUGUGUCUGAAAUACAACUGUUUCUGGGUUAAUAAAGACUGAAGACAGUGCCUAGUC